UGGAAAGGAGACAACUGAUCAAAAAGCUGGACGAUAUGAAAGUGAAGUUGGACUUGUUUGAUUUAUUUCGCGUGAGCUCUAUAAGUGAAAGUUAUCAGGCUGUAUUUUAGUUUUUAAGGCAGACCCAUUUGUUCGGGAGAAUUUGAAUAUUUUAUUUAUUUAUUUAUUUAUUGUCAUUUCGGUCCACACUCCACACCAGUUGGUGGCGGUUGGUGCACCAUUUUGCUGUUUGCCAACCGCCAAUAAACCCUAUACAGAAGAAGAAAAGGAAGAUUGGUCGUGUGACCACAAGUUUUAAUCAAUUAAGUUGUAGAUCGACUGCACCUCUGCUGUCCUUCUUUUUUAUUCUUUUGGUUGAUUUGUAAUUCGGUUUCGGCUAGCCCGUCCAGCUGCAAAGGCUGUUAUGAAUGACUGAGAGUUGCAGGUCAUGCAUAGCGGUGAGACCCGAAUUGUUUGCAGUGCAUGGCCACAGGCAUUCCAAUGCAGCCCUCCUGGCAGAGAAUGACAUGUUUGAAAGCUUCAUUUGCCGCCUGGAUCCACAAGACCUGCUAUCCCAGGCUGGAGGAGAAGGUGCCGGGGCAACACGAAGCUUGAAGCUGGGGGCUGGGGGCGUUGGAUGGAGGCGAAAGUCCAGGUCCAACAUAUCGGACCGUUUUCAGCCGCUCACUUUAGAACAAAAACUGUGCGUAGCACAGAGAGAAGUAAGAGAAACACAACAGGACCGGGAGAAACUCAAACUGAAAUCUGAAAAAAACAAGGACAACUACAAGGCCUCUAUGAAGGAAGCAGAAUUAUGUCUGGCUGAUGUCAGGAAGGCGAAGAACGAUUUUGAGCGUAGACUGGUCAAACCUACGAAGGACAACACGCUAGAAAUGAAAGAGCCAGAAAAGGUGCUCCAGUACAUUGAAGACAAGUUAAAGGUCACCCAGCUGGAGACCUUAAAUGUAAAGAAUCAGGCACUAAAGCUCCACGAGAAGAAGCUCCUGCAACAGCUGCAGCAGAAAAAAGAGAUGGGGAAAGCUGAGUAUGAGGAAUUUUUUCAGGAGUAUGACGAGCCAAGACCCGACAAAAACCUGGAUGAACUUCAGAUCAACAGUUUGAAGGUUCAGCGUGUUCUCAGCUCACACAAGGAAAAGCUGCAGAGUGUGACAUUGAUGUCGGCAGAGCUGAGCAAUGACAUCGCCAAAGUGAGGCAGAUGCUGGCAAAAAUAGAGGAGGAGUUAGAGCAUGCUGAGAAGGAGCAUUCAGCGGCUGAAGCCCUUAACCACAAACUCAGACGGCAGCUCAGAGAUUAUCAGGCUCCUGAUAUCACUGAGUACAUGCAUGUCAAAGACAAAUACAAGAAGCUUAAGCAGAGCAUUCACACUUGGGAGAGAAAGGUUGGGAUUGCUGAGAUGGCCUUCAAGACCCACACUAAAGUGUGGAACAAACAGGUUGGAACUAGCUCCGGGGAACACCAAAUCCCAAUAAAACUCCCACACAUAGCAGCACAUAACAUGUAGAAAAAAGAAGUUUCCCAAAUGACUGAUUUGAUGACAACAAGAAAACUUUCCAUCAAUCGUUCUGCGUCUGCUUUCUUUAUUAUUGUUUGCAAUCUUUUAAUGCUUUUUGUUAAAUGUAAAAACAAUGGCUUUCAUCCUCAUCAUAUCUGUAUCCCUGAGAGUUAUUCAAAAUUAUGAUUGACAUUAAAAACACGUUGUGUUAUUGCUUUUCCUUUCUUUAUUUAUGCAAAUGUAACUCAUUCAUUUAAGAUUAGGACAGCUGUUAUUGACACAAAAGGGAAACUCGUUCUGUAAUGCAGUGUGGUGCCGAGGACCAUCUGCAGCUGUGUUAAAUGGCACAGUGACAGGAGAAUGAACUGAUCAUGUCACGGCUGGAAUAAACAAAGGCAACUCCACACAUCGGGGCCCUGCUCUGGCCGGUGUUCACAACAAGGACUCGGGACUCUUGCUGUGAGGAAAUGUGCUAACUACUUAGUUUGUUUGAGUGGCCUUUCUGCCCUCUCAUCUUAUUCGGACCAUCUAUUGCUCAGAACGUAGUGCAGGUCGUUUACUAGCUGUAAGAUUAGAGGUUUGAUCCCUGGCUCUUGUAGUCUGCACAUUGAAGUAACCUUUCGCAAGAUGCUGUUGUCCCAAUGCAUCUAACAGAGUGUGCAUGAAUGUUAGACAGUGUGCGUAGGUUUAGAAAAAAGCACUUUUAUGAAUGUAUGCGAGAUUGGGUGAAUGAGGCUUAUAGUAAAAAUGCAUUUUGAGUGUGCAAUUAAAGUAGAAAAGUGCUUUGUAAGCAUCGAUCUAUUUACCAAUCAUCUACUCUCUUUUUGACUGUUGCAAAUCUGAAUGACUACAAUCUUGAAACUGUACUUUUCUGCUAUCCAAACAGAACAAAGAAUAGACACACACUGGCUGAGAAAGAGGCUCUGUGGGACACAGAUGACACUAAGCUGGUCCUUGUCCCCAUACAGUGAAGGCAAUGAGUCUGUUUUCUAAUUUAAUGAAAGCUUUCACAAUUUUUUAUUAUUCUUGACAAUACCAGUGUAUGUUAUUCUUUGCAAAACUGGUAAUUUUACUGUUCUGGCUCAAA